AAGCAGACAUCAACAGUAAAACCACUGAUGACAUGGUUGAGAAAUACAGCAGCAAACAGUGCUUGUGUGUGUAAUCAAGUGCUUGCCAGAGCAAAGGUUGAGCAUCAAAAACACAGCGCUGCAAUCAGCGCACUUCAAACGCACAAGCAUCUGCUGGAAUAACAAUAAGCCUCUCUGCUUUCACAAAACCACAGGAGCACCUUUGAAUCACACAACUGUGCUGGACAUACAAACAGAUCAGAGUUUAGAGAAAAAGAGGAUGGACAAAAAGACAUUGAGAUUGAUGUUGCUCCACUGGGAGAAAUGGAGUGAGAUGUGAGGAGGCGGUGGAGAGGUGUGUGAUGUCUGGAGAGCUGUAUGGUAAUGUGUCUCACGUCCCCCUCCCUGCCUCCAGACACUCAUCUGUCCUCUCAGCCUCAUUUCAAUCACAACACAGCCCUUCAUUUGAGAUUUCUCUGGAAUAAACGCAGCAAAUCCAUGAACCAGACAGAUAAAACAUCACUGCGCUGAAGUCAGAGGAAAAGCUCAGGAGAGGAAGGAUGUUUGAACACUUCAGAAGCAAGUUCUUCAAAGUUAUGGAGAAUUAAUACACAGCAUCACUUCAAAAACCUGAAACAGCCCAAAAAACAAGCAGAAUGACCGGACAAGUGUUGGUGGAGAGCAUGGAUUUAUCAGCCCACAGACUGUCUGUGAAGACUUCUGUUGAAGAUGAGUCAGAGCGUGCCGAUAGCACUCUCAGCCGUGGUCAGUCCAUAUGUGAUGACACUUCAUCAGAAUUACAGCGAGUUGCCACUCUCGAACCACGUGGACUGAACUCACAGAACUCUUUUCGUGGCAGAGGGGCGCUUUCGAGGUUGGUGAGUAUGGUGGUCACUCUUAGAGACUGGGCCCAUAAGAGCCUUCAGGAAGAGGAAGAAAGGCCAGAUUCUUUCUUAGAGCGCUUCAGAGGACCUGAACUUCAAGUUGCUCCCAGUCGGAUAAGCAUCAGUAGAUCUGAUGCUCAUGAUGGGAACAGCAGCGCCAAAACCAAAAAAAAGUCUGAUGUUUUCAUACUGGCACCAGCUGAUGACCUGUACUACCGCUGGCUGUUUGUUAUUGCCACAGCUGUAUUGUACAACUGGUGCUUUGUGGUGGCUAGGGCCUGCUUUGAUGAGCUUCAAACCAGGAACUUCAUUCUGUGGCUGGUUUUGGAUUAUCUUUCUGAUGUCAUAUAUAUCCUGGACACCUGUGUGAGACUGAGAACAGGUUUCCUUGAGCAAGGUCUUCUAGUGAAGGACCUUCCCAAGUUAAGAGAAAGCUACUUUCAUACUUUGCAGUUCAAGCUAGACCUGCUAUCCAUACUACCCACGGAUCUAGCCUACAUCGUCAUUGGCAUUCACGUACCAGAGCUGCGUUUCAAUCGACUGAUGCGCUUCUCCCGUCUGUUUGAGUUCUUCGACCGCACCGAGACCCGCACAAAUUACCCCAACAUUUUCCGUAUUUGCAUCUUGGUGCUCUAUAUCCUAGUCAUCAUACACUGGAAUGCCUGCAUCUACUUUGCCAUCUCCAAGUCUCUGGGCUUUGGAUCUGACCAGUGGGUCUACCCAAACAUUUCUGACCCUGAGUUUGGGACACUCACACGAGGAUAUGUCUACUGCCUCUACUGGUCAACUCUCACGUUGACAACCAUUGGGGAAAUGCCGGCUCCGGUGCGGGAUGAGGAGUAUCUUUUUGUUGUUUUUGAUUUCCUUGUUGGUGUUCUCAUUUUCGCCACCAUUGUUGGCAAUGUAGGAGCCAUGAUAUCAAACAUGAAUGCCACACGGACCGAGUUCCAAGCUCACAUCGACGCCAUCAAACACUACAUGCAGUUCAGAAAGGUCAGCAAAGAGCUAGAAGCUAGAGUCAUCAAAUGGUUUGACUACUUGUGGACCAACAAGAAAGCAAUUGAUGAGCAGGAUGUCCUAAAGAAUCUGCCCAAUAAACUGCGGGCUGAGAUUGCUAUAAAUGUGCACUUAGAAACGUUGAAGAAGGUCCGUAUCUUCCAGGACUGUGAGGCAGGGCUUUUGGUGGAACUGGUGCUCAAGCUGCGGCCACAGGUCUUCAGCCCCGGAGACUACAUCUGCCGAAAGGGAGACAUAGGAAAAGAGAUGUACAUCAUAAAAGAGGGUCGCCUUGCUGUUGUGGCUGAUGAUGGGGUGACCCAGUAUGCACACUUGACGGGCGGCAGCUGUUUUGGUGAGAUUAGCAUCCUCAACAUCAAAGGGAGCAAAAUGGGCAACCGCCGCACAGCUAACAUCCGUAGCAUUGGCUACUCUGACCUCUUUUGUUUGUCAAAGGAUGACCUGAUGGAGGCUGUAAUGGAGUAUCCAGAUGCUAAGAAAGUUCUGGAAGAGAGAGGAAGACAGAUUCUUCAGAAAGAGGGUCUGCUGGAGGAGUUGGAGGCUGGUGGAAUGGGAGAAGAACGGGUUGAGGAGAAAGUGGAGAGGUUGGAAGCUUCUCUUGAAAUACUUCAGACUCGAUUUGCUCGGUUACUGGCUGAGUACACAGCUACUCAACAGCGGCUAAAGCAGAGACUUGCAGCAUUGGAAUGCAGGACACAUCACUCUGGCAGCGGAUUCCUAUCAGAUGGCAAUGAAAGCACUAUUGAUGGUGAUGGUACACACAGUGAGGUCAACAUCCAACUCUGAGCACUUGCUUUUAAGAGAGAACCUUGUACACUAGUCUUAAUGACCACUCAAUAGCAAUAACAUAUGAACCCUUUACAACAAUUAUAGCAGUCAAAACAGUUAGUAUGCUUGUGGAAUUGUCUAAUUUAUAUUUAUAAAUGUCAUUUAACAAACCUCAGUUAAACAUAAAAUAAGAUAAUUUCUUGUUUUACUAAUUAAAAAAGUUUCCCACAUAAAAAUGAACAGCAUACAUAUCAUUAAACUUAGUCUAAUAGAAAAACUAAGAAGAAAAAAAAACCUUCUAAAAGAUAUAUUUUUUAAUUUUCUUCAUGGAGUGGGACCCCCACUAACAUGCAAUUUACUGAGUUACAAAUAAUACUGAUUAGGGGUGGUGACAUUGCUAAAAUAAACCUAUAGAAAUAUGAUCACUGGUAUACAUUUUUGAGUAACAUUUCCUUGGCAGUAAUGCCAGUGUUAGCUCCAUUACUUUUUUCCUAAUUUUACUGAUUUAUGGUAAUAUCAUGGAAAUAUUUACCUGAUUUGUUAAUGUAAUUUUGUAAUCUGAAUAUGAUGAGAUAAAAAGCAUGCACAUGACCUGUCCUAGCAAGCAAUAACAAAAGGCUUGUUCGAGAUGCAUCAGCGCUGUGCAGACCGAUUGGCAUAUGACAUCAAAGUACCGCGAGAGCGAUUGGAGAGCAUACUACUCCUUAUGCUUUUGAAUUUCUCUCGCAGUACUUUGAUGUCAUACGCCAAUCGGUCUGCGCAGCGCCGAUGCAUCUCCAACAAGCCUAAACAGUGUCCGAUUCGCAAAUGAAUCAUUUGAGCAGCUUCUUUUAAUGAUUUAUUUACUGGUUUGACUUAAAGAAUUCAAUGUGUUUUGGGGCAGAAAUGUCCUGAAGUAGUGUGUGGUGCCAUUCAGUUGUAAUAUUGUAUUGAUAUUUAAAUAAAAAGUAUGUUAAAAUGUUUUACAUUUUAUUGAUUACAUGCAGGCUGUUACAAAUAUUCAGUUGUGUUUGUUCUUAGUUUCGUUUUCAUGGACUUUUAGUUUGUAUAUAUUAGUUUCCUGUGUUCCUUUGUUCUUUUCCCCCUUCUCUUGUGUUGUCAUGGUUACUAAUGUCAUUAGUUCGUUUAGUUCAGCUGUGUAACAUUGAUUACCCUGUUUGUCAGUAUACUUAAGUCUUUUCCUGUGUUUAGUGUCUGUCUCGUUUGCAUUAGCAUCUGUGUUAGAUGCGUUAAUUCUGAGGCUGUUGUGGAUUACUUUGUGAACUUUUAUUAAACUCUGUAUUUUGAAACUUCAUCUUCAUCGUCUGUCUGUGCAACACUUGCUAAAACAGGCUAAGUUACUAUGCCUCUGUGAACUGACUUUUUGCGUAAACUGGUAAUUCUGCCUAGGUCAGCUGGGCAACCUUUUAGAGGAACUGGAUGUGUUGCUAUCCUCCUGUGAGGAUGGCAGCCUGCUUGUGGUCCUUGGCAAAUACAGCAUUCACUAAGAUAAACCUCAAUUCAACAAACCAAAUUCAACAGCAUCCUCCCCUACACUACAUGAGCCUGUCCAGCAGAGGGGGUAACACGCAGACACACACACAAAGUUUGAAGAGUUUAGCUCCCCAUGCUAAUCAAACUCACCU